GCUUCCGCGCGCGUCCGCUUCAUCCCCCGGCCCUCUCUUUUCCUCCCGUUCCAACCACCACCCGCUAGUACGUACGUACAUGCCCGCCGGCCGAUACCCCUCCUACAAGAGCGCGCGCCACUCUACAGCACGCUAGCUGCACCCUGCACUGCGCUACUUAAACGGCGCAUCGUUUGCUCGCCCUUCCGAUCGCCUCUCCCUUUCGCUCAAAGGCUCGCUUUAUCUCCGAUCUGCUGGUAGACGCGCGCGCGGCCGGCCUAGCUAGCGGUAGCUCCACCGAGCGGCGGCGGCGGCAUGUCGGCGGUGGCUCCCCGUGUGGCCGGCGCCGCUCGGCGGAUGUCUCAGUCUCCUAGGCCGGCCGGGGGCGGCAGGGAGAAGGAGCUGUCCCCUGCCCCGCGCGAGGAGGCCGACAAGGCCAAGAAGAGGCUGCCCGCGGCCGUCACGGGGAUCCCGUCCAUGCUGCUGCGCCGGCAAGAGCUGCUUCUGCGCCGCGGCGGCGUUGGCGGCCGAUCGGGGAGCGUGCACCCGUCGUCUUCGCUCAACGUGUCGCUCGCGUCGGAGAAGUCCACCGACUCGUUCUGCAGCCGGGCGUCCACCGGCCGGAUCGGCCGCCACCCGGCGUCGCCGGCUGGGGGAGGAGCUCCACGGCGUAGGGCGGCAGGGUCGGCCGGGCCUCCCUCUGCGCGGCCGGCGGGCCGGAAGGCGGCCAGCGUUGUGCCAGGCGGUGCUGCUGCUGUCACCGCUCCUGUGGCCGUGGUAGGUUCCCUGAACGGGGAUGCAGCGUCGUCGGCGGGGCCGGCGAGGUGCCCGUGGGUUACCCCUAAUACUGAUCCUUGCUAUGCAGCCUUCCAUGACCAGGAGUGGGGAGUCCCCGUACAUGAUGACAAGAAACUGUUUGAAAUGCUUGUUCUCUCUGGUGCCUUGGCUGAGAUGACAUGGCCAGUAAUUCUCAGCAAGAGGGACACCUUCAGGGAAGUUUUCAUGGAUUUUGACCCUCUGUUGGUGGCAAAGCUGAACGAGAAGAAAAUUUUGGGGCAAUGCAGCUCUGCUAGUUCCCUGUUGUCAGAGCACAGGCUGCGCAUAAUCAUCGAAAACGCGCGAGAGUUACUGAAGGUCAUAGAGGAGUUGGGAUCAUUCAACAGCUACUGCUGGGGCUUUCUCAACGACAAGCCUCUGAUCGGCCGGUUCCGGCAUACGCGGGAGGUGCCGCUGAGGACGCCGAAAGCCGAGGCCAUCAGCCAGGACCUGAUGCGGAGGGGGUUCCGCGGCGUCGGGCCGACGGUGGUCUACGCCUUCAUGCAGGCCGUCGGCAUGGCCAACGACCACCUCGUCACCUGCUACCGCUUCGAGGAGUGCUGCACUGCCGAAGCUGCCGCUGCUUCUGAAGGCCGUGACGUUGACAAGCCGGCCGUGGCGAAAGAUCAGGAGGUGGGCAUGGUGUGUGGGCUGGUGCAGUGCGUCAGCUUGGAGGCUUCGAGAGCCGCCACCGUGAUCAGCAUCUCAUAGCAAUGGAUCAGUUGCAGAUAAUUACUUGGCAAUGACAAAUGACUAGGGAUUAGGAGAGUUGAUUUCACUUAAUUGUGAGCUGCUUGCAUGUAUAGAUAUUGGCCGUUUGAGGUGUACAGGGUUGUUGAUUUGAGGUUUGAGAAAUGCGUUGGCUUGAAUUGAGGAUGUUGAAAAGAUAGGUAGGGCACGAAGUUUUCAGACGAUGUGUUCAGAUUUCAUGUUAUAUAACAAGUUGGGUGAACCGGUGGAGCCGGUACCAUCUUCUAUAA